AUUGGUGUACACUUAAUGCGGACGUUCCAGGUCAAGCACAGUACGAUUUCUACCAGGGCCAUAUAUUUAGGCAAGAAAGAAGGCAGUCACCUCCAGAGGACCAACACACCUUAACACAACAGCUGCGGAGACUUCACUGAUCAGCCAUGAGGAUUGUCAACAUUGGGCCAGACCCAUCCCUGGCUUAUAGGCCAAAUUUGGAGAAAUCUGAAACCAAGGGGAAGGAAGACUAUAGAAAUUUUGAGAGUGGAAAUCUAUUCAGCCGUGUCUUCAACACAUACAGCCUGAUGCACACCAACCAAACACUAGAGUUUGUGAAACAAAAGUACUCUGAAUGGACCCACUGCAACCACACACAAAUGGGAAUGAUGAACGCCAUCAUGUCACUAGACCAGCUGGUGGAUGAGUCAGAUCCUGAUGUGGACUUCCCUAACUCCUUCCAUGCCUUCCAGACUGCUGAAGGCAUCCGCCAAGCCCACCCAGAUAAAGACUGGUUUCAGCUGGUGGGUCUAAUCCACGAUGUUGGGAAGAUCAUGGCUCUGUGGGAUGAACCACAGUGGGCUGUAGUGGGUGACACCUUUCCUGUUGGCUGCAAAUUUCAAAACUCAAUUGUUUUCAGAGACAACACCUUCUUGGAUAAUCCAGAUGAGAAAAACUCCAAAUACAACACUGAAUAUGGGAUGUAUGAACCAAACUGUGGCCUUGACAACGUCCUCAUAUCCUGGGGCCAUGAUGAAUAUCUCUACAGAGUUCUGAAGUUCAACAAUUGCUCCAUCCCAGAGGAGGGCUUGUAUAUGAUUCGCUUUCAUUCCUUCUACCCCUGGCACUCCCAUGGAGAUUACAUGCAUCUAUGUAAUACCAAAGAUCUGAGCAUGCUGCCUUGGGUCAAAGAGUUUAAUAAAUUUGACCUGUACACAAAAAACACCGACCUGCCCAACAUUGAGGAGCUGAAGCCGUACUACCAGUCUCUGAUUGACAAGUACUGUCCUGGAAUACUACAGUGGUGAAACUGCAGCGACUGUCAACAGAAUUCAUCAGAUACAUGAUUAUCUUGAGCUAUGAUUAACUUAAAGUAUUGCUUUAUUGUAACACUAAAGCUGGACUUAGUGGUCCCUGUACCCACACGAUCUCUUAAGGUUUCUAUUAACUUUUAAUCUCUGCUGUAAUUAUGUCCAGGAACUGUGACUCUCACCUUUUACUUCCAAUUUUGGUGAUAAUAGAAGACAAUUGUGCCCAGUUUUAAAGAAUGAUUCAUGUACA